AUGAGUAACCCAAAACCAGAAGAAACUGUAGCAGUUCCUGAGGACUCACCACUGCCUCCGGUCAGGCCAAUAGAUGACGAAGUCACCUCGAUACCCUCAUGGCGAAAAUGGGUCAUCCUCUUCGUUGUCUGCUGGAUGCCUCUGCCCAUGACCUUCUGGAGCACAGCCAUAAUGCCCGCAACCAUUGAAGUGGCCUCGGACCUGGAUAUACCCGUCACUACCAUCACCACAGUUAACGCCGGCGUUUUUGUUGCCCAAGCUCUAUCAGGGUUGAUAUGGCUACCGAUUAGCACUAUCAUCGGUCGAAGAUCUGCGUAUCUUGCUGCCAACAUUACGCUUUGUCUUUGUGCAGUUGGCUGUGCCGCGGCGCCAAACUUGGCUGGUUUUGCAUCUCUUUGGAUUCUGGGCGGGAGUACAGGACCGUUCUUUUUGGUGGCAGGACAGACUAUCCUUGCUGAUAUCUUUGAUCCAACUGUUCGUGGAACAGCGGUAGGUUUCUUCCUCGGAAGUUGUGUUUCUGCGAAUAGUAUUGCUCCUCUUCUCGGCAGUGUCAUUGCUACUUUCACCAGCUGGAGAGUAAUAUACGGUGUAGAGGCCGGAAUGUGUCUCUUUGGGUUCAUUCUUUCGUUCCUGUUCAUCCCUCGAGCAAGUGAGGUUGAAAAUCCCAAGCUUGUCCAACCACGUCCUCGGACAAAAGACGAGAUUCUUCAGACCUUUAAUCCUAUGCACGUGUUUUGUCAAUUCGCAUACCCAAAAGUCAUUCUUGCGAAUAUUGCUUGUGGUCUUCUAGGCUUCAACCAGUACGGUCUCCUCAGCUCUGUCCGUCGUGUAAUAAACCCUCGCUUCGACCUCACCUCUCCUUUGUCCAGCGGCCUCUUCUAUCUCGCUCCAGGCGCAGGGUUCCUUGCCGGCAGCACAGUGGGAGGUAAGAUAUCCGACGUGGUCGUCAAGAGAUAUAUCAAAAAGCGUAAUGGAGAACGACGUCCUGAAGAUCGACUCAACAGUAGUUUGCCCAGCAUUCUUAUCAUUCUACCGUUGGGUACUUUGUUGUAUGGAUGGAGUGUUCAGCAGAAGAUUGGCGGAAUGCCUCUGCCCGUGGUGAGCGCGUUUAUUGAAGGAUUUGGUCUUAUGGCUGCAUUCAGUGGGUUGAAUACAUAUGCUGCUGAGGUACGACCUGCGCACAGAACAGCAGUCAUCACAGGAAAAUACGUGAUUCAGUACAGCUUUGGCGCAAUGAGUGUUGGUGGAGUAGUCCCUAUGAUUGAUGGCAUCGGGGUUGGCUGGGCGUUUACCGUUGCUACAUCGCUAUCACUAGCAGCUGGCGUUAUUGUCUUAUUAAUCGCGAGAUUUACCCAAGGAGGAGCUGACUCCGACCCUUACGUGCCCGUUUACGCAGAAUGUCCUAGCGAUCUAAAGAUUCGUCCAGCCAAAGAUGGUUUAUCUGAUGAAGAAAGCUCAUGGCGGGAACGCCGAGCGAAGAAAAUGAUGCCCAACCUUGAAGAUUACCUUAAACUGGUCAAUAUCUCUGAUUUCGACAUCAAAGAGUAUAUGGACAAGCUGAAAGAAGAUGAUGUCCCGAUGGUUGGUAUGUCGGUCUCGGGUGGUGGCACGCAGUCUGGCUUGGGUGGCCUUGGUAUCUGGAAGGCAUUCGAUGCUCGUUCCAAGGACGCCGUUGCAGCUCGUACUGGUGGUCUGACUCAGCUUCUUUCCUAUAUCACCGGUCUCUCUGGCGGUGGUGCUGUUACUGUCUCCCUUCUUGCGGCAAACAACUUCACGACCUUGGAUAAUAUUGAAAAGAACACCAACUUUUCAAACUCUUAUGCUGCUGGUCCCGACGGCAACCAAACGAGUUUCUUCAAUGACAUCUUCGAGAAUGCUGGGGCCAAGGAUGAAGCUGGCUUCCCAGUAUCCGUCGCUGACACUUUUGGUCAAUUUUGGGGAACAUGGCUCCCUGAGGAUAUGCUCUUCAGCAACUACUCGGACAUCGCCAACAAUGACACGGCCUUUGGUAUGGGCGACGCCCCCAUGCCAAUCAUGUGCUUCGCCGAGGUUGUUCCCGGCAAAUCCCCCGAGAUUGGAAAGCUCAUGUACCCAACCCUCAACACUUCCAACCUAUUCAAUUGUACCGCAUAUGAAGUCACGCCCUAUGAGUUCGGCUCCUGGGCUGGUGGUCGUGUGCAGGCUUUCAUCUCUACAAAGUAUCUCGGUACUUCCAUGUCGGACGGCAAACCUCAGAACAAGAGCCAGUGCGUUGAGGGCUUUGAUAAACUUACCUUUAUGCAGGGAACCACCACUAACGCUUUUACUGCCUGGUUUAUCGACGCGUUCUACAACAUCCCAAUCUUCGCUAAGCGAUGGCUAGAGAAAAGGCAGAAGGUCAAUCCGGAUAUCAACGAUAUCCCUAUUCCAUCUGAUCAGGAUGACAACCCAUUAGUGCAGUUGGUCAAUCAGACUGCUAGUUACUUUGACUUGACCUUCAAUCAGUCACUUUGGGCAACAUACCCUAACCCUUUCGAAGAUUACAACAAAGAUAUGGAUGGGGUCUCUGAGCUCCUACUGAUCGAUGGCAGUCUUGCUUUGGAAAGCAACCCCCUGCGUCCCUUGAUUACUCCUGCUCGAAAACUUGAUUUCAUCAUCGUCUACGAGGCAUCCUCCGACGCGCCAAACUCAUGGAACAAUGGAUCUAAUCUUAUUAACACUGCACGCGCUGCCUCUCAAGGAAACAUUCCCUUCCCCAAAAUCCCCGAUGUAAACACCAUCGUCGCCCAGAACCUGUCAUUCCAGCCGACGUUCUUCGGCUGCAAUACCAGUGAAGACACUCCUCUUCUCCUCUGGCUACCCAAUGCACCAUGGACGGGGUACACCAACUACUCCUACACCCAGUCAGAGUUCACCUCUGCACAGCUCAACAUUGCUUUUGAAAACGCCUUCCAGAUCGCUACGUACGGAAACGGUAGCGUUGAUGAGAACUGGCCUGCAUGUCUAGCCUGUGCAGCUAUCAAGGGUUCUCUGCGAAGAGUAGACAUGGACAUGCCUAAGCAGUGCGACGAGUGUUUCAGUAGACAUUGCUGGAACGGAACCACGAGUUCGAAGAAGGCUGCUGCGGCUGAUUUCGACCUGAAGCCCAGACUUGAGCCGAACUUGACCUUCAAAGAGUGGAAUGAUACUGACUGGUCUUCUGAUCUGAAGAAGGGUGGCAGCGGUGGUAGCAGCGGGAGUGGUAACGACGAUGACUCUACUGGAGUAAGGAUGGGUGGAAGCGUUAUUGGACUCGUCCUGUCCGUCGCCACAAUGAUUUAUCUUCUGUAG